UUUAUCAAGUUAGGAGCGAAAGAACCCCGUCACGGGGCUGCUCUCGGCCAGCACCCACCACAAGGAUGCCUGGGUGCGGGACAACAUCUACAGCAUCCUGGCCGUGUGGGGCCUGGGCAUGGCCUACCGGAAGAACGCCGACCGCGACGAGGAUAAGGCCAAAGCCUAUGAGCUUGAGCAGAACGUUGUGAAGCUGAUGCGAGGACUCCUGCAGUGCAUGAUGAGACAGGUAGAUAAGGUGGAGAAGUUCAAACACACGCAGAGCACCAGAGACUGCCUGCACGCCAAGUACAACUCGGCUACCUGUGCCACGGUGGUCGGGGAUGACCAGUGGGGGCAUCUACAGGUAGAUGCAACAUCCCUUUACCUGCUCUUCUUGGCACAGAUGACUGCAUCAGGGUUGCGUAUCAUCUUCACCCUAGAUGAAGUUACCUUCAUACAGAAUCUUGUAUUUUACAUAGAAGCUGCCUACAAAGUUGCUGAUUAUGGAAUGUGGGAGCGUGGUGACAAGACGAACCAGGGCAUCCCUGAGCUGAACGCGAGCUCCGUAGGCAUGGCCAAAGCAGCUUUGGAAGCAAUUGAUGAACUAGAUCUUUUUGGUGCUCAUGGAGGGCACAAAUCCGUGAUUCAUGUUCUUCCUGAUGAAGUAGAACAUUGUCAGUCCAUUCUAUAUUCAAUGUUGCCAAGAGCAUCCACGUCAAAGGAGAUUGAUGCUGGCCUUCUCUCCAUUAUUUCUUACCCRGCUUUUGCAGUGGAGGAUAUAAACCUUGUUAAUAUAACCAAGAAUGAAAUCAUAUCCAAAUUGCAGGGCCGUUACGGCUGCUGUCGCUUCCUCCGGGAUGGUUACAAGACACCCAAGGAGGACCCGAGCAGGCUGCAUUAUGACCCAGCUGAGCUCAAGCUCUUUGAGAAUAUUGAAUGCGAGUGGCCGGUGUUCUGGACGUACUUUCUAAUUGAUGGAGUAUUUAAUGGGGACAAAAUUCAGGUGCAAGAAUAUAGAGAGGCUCUGGAAGGAAUCCUUAUUAGAGAAAAGAAUGGAAUAGUUCUAAUGCCAGAACUGUAUGCAGUCCCUUCAGAGAAGGUGGAAGAGGAGUAUGAAAAUCCUCGCUCCGUGGAUCGUGUGCCAGUGGGAAAGUUGCCUCAUCUUUGGGGCCAAUCACUGUAUGUUCUUAGCUGCCUAUUAGCAGAGGGGUUUCUAGCUGCAGGUGAAAUUGAUCCCUUAAACAGGAGGUUUUCCACUGGAUUUAAACCUGAUGUUGUGGUUCAAGUAACUGUUUUAGCAGAAUCUAAUGAAAUUAAGACUCUCUUGCAAAACCAUGGAAUAAAUGUUCAGAGCGUCGCUGAUAUCCAUCCCCUCAGAGUGCAGCCAGCUCGCAUCCUAAGCAAUCUCUACACCAUGCUGGGCCGGAACAAGAGCAUGAAGCUAAGUGGGCGGCCACACCGGCACAUCGGAGUGUUGGGCACCUCCAAGCUGUAUGUGAUAAGAAAUCAAAUAUUUGCUUUUACCCCUCAGUUUACAGACCAGCAUCACUUCUACCUGGCUCUGGACAACCAGCUGAUUGUGGAGAUGCUCAAGAUGGAGCUGGCCUACCUCACCUCUUGCUGGAGGAUGACAGGGAGGCCCACCCUGACGUUUCCCAUCACCCACACAAUGCUCGUUGAUGAUGGUGCUGACAUCCACCCAGCAGUUCUAGGCUCCAUAAGAAAACUAGAGGACGGCUAUUUUGGAGGCGCAAGAGUGAAAAUAGGCAAACUAUCAGAAUUUCUUACUACCUCUUUCCAUACACACCUGAGCUUCCUGGAUCCAGACUGUGAUGUGAAGCUGUUUGAUGACCGUAACGAAGGCCGUUGCAGCCCUGACAGUGACUAUGGCUAUGAAGGCUAUCCACCACGUUUCUGUGAAGAGGACAGCCAAGAUGAGCUGGAUCGAUAUAUAAAUGAUGUCCUGCAGAGCACAGCACUGAAGUCAUACCUGCCUCCAACUUCAAAGACUGCUGACCAGCCUCCUGUGUUCACUGCAAACCAUUCUACACGAGAGAUACUGUCCAUGAUGGCCAAGGCAAAGGGUUUGGAGGUGCCAGCCCCUUCUAUGUCUCUUCCCACUAAAGUUCUGAACACGCACCGGAAGUCUCUGAAUCUUGUUGAUACUCCCCAGUGUUUGGAGACAAAGGCUUGUGAAAACAUUUUGCACUUACCUAAAGAUGCUCAUGGUGAUUUGGAUUGCAGGAAGCUCGUUGAACAGCUGAAGGAAUGUCCAACACUCCACGAUCAAGCAGAUAUCUUGUAUAUCCUGCAUAUACUCAAAGGUCCUGAUUGGGAUACCCAGCUAAAUGGACAGUAUGGUGUCACUGUUCAUUGUCUGCUCAACGAGCUCUACAGAAAGGCAGGCCUCAACCAAGAGUGGGGCUUAAUCCGUUAUAUUUCGGGUAUACUUAAAAAGAGAGUGGAAGUCCUGGCUGAGGCCUGCACGGACCUCCUGUCACACCACAAGCAGCUGACGGUGGGGCUGCCRCCGGAGCCCCGCGAGAGAACCAUCACCGCCCCRCUGCCGCCCGAGGAGCUCAUCGAUCUCAUCUACGAGGCCAGUGGCCAGGACAUCAGCAUUGCCGUCCUGACGCAGGAGAUGAUCAUGUACUUGGCCAUGUGCGUGCGCUCCCAGCCGAGCCUCUUCGCGGAGAUGCUGCGGCUCCGCAUCGGGCUCAUCAUUCAGGUGAUGGCCACGGAGCUCGCUCGGAGUCUCAAGUGCUCAGGUGAAGAAGCUUCGGAGAGUUUGAUGAAUCUAAGCCCCUUYGAUAUGAAAAAUCUCCUACACCAUAUUCUGAGCGGGAAAGAGUUUGGCGUGGAAAGAAGCUUGAGACCCGUAGAUUCCUCUUCAUCAAGCCCUGCAAUUUCUAUUCAUGAAAUGGGACAUUCUGGAGCAACCAAAACAGAAAGAAGUGGUAUUACUAAACUGAAGAGUGAGAUGAAGCAGCUCCUCCACGAGGGCACCCCUGCGGCCAGCAGCAUGGUGGCUUCCAAGUCCAUGAGGGGCAGCACCCCGUCGUCGCCCAGCAGCUCCUCUCCCACGGGCUCGGAGGGCGACGGCGGGCGCAGCCGCCAGGGGCAGUGGCUCCGCCGCAGGAGGCUUGACGGCGCCAUCAACAGAGUUCCCGUCGGCUUCUACGAGAAGGUCUGGAAGAUCCUCCAGAAGUGCCAUGGCCUGUCCAUCGAUGGAUAUGUCCUCCCUUCCUCAACUACCAGAGAGAUGACCCCGUGCGAGAUCAAGUUUGCCGUGCACGUGGAGUCGGUGCUGAACCGCGUGUCGCAGCCCGAGUACCGGCAGCUCCUGGUGGAGGCCAUCCUCGUCCUGACCUUCCUCUGCGACGUUGAGGUCAACAGCAUCGGGGGCAUCGUCCACGUGGACCGCAUCGUGCACAUGGCCAACGACCUGUUCCUGCAGGAACAGAAAUCGUUUGGAGCUGCAGAUUACAUCCUGGAGAAGGACGUAGCCACGGGGAUUUGCCACUUCUUCUAUGACAGCGCUCCGAGUGGGGCCUACGGAACGAUGACUUACCUGACAAAAGCCAUCAUGACCUACUUGCAGGACUUCCUGCCCAGCACAGCCUGCACCAUGCAGUAGGCGCUGCCCUGGGAGGGAGGGAG